AUGAAGGUGUCUGAUUGUAUAACUAAUGGUGAAUGGUGCAUUCCUGAGUAUAUUGUGAAUAGAGACUCUAACCUGGCCACUCAUAUUUGCAAUAUUACUUUGCCUGUUGAUGAUAUCCCUGACAUGUUAUGCUGGGCUUCUGUUCCUGAUGGAAUUCUCACCAACAAAAUUGCUUUUAGAACUUUGAAUGGUAUUGGCCAAAGGACUGUUUGGGCCAAUAGUUUGUGGAAUACUCAUACCCCUCCUUCCAGAUCUUUUAUCACAUGGAGGCUGCUUAAUAAUAAGCUCCCCACUGAUGAAAAUCUGAGGAAAAGAGGUUGCUUUAUUGUGUCAAUCUGCUGCUUCUGUUUGCAGGAAUCUGAAACAUCUCAACAUAUAUUCUUUGACUGUCCAGUCACCUCUAAUCUGUGGGAAUGGCUGAGAAAGGGCACUAAUCAAUCUCUGGAUUGCACUAACUGUCUGCUGAUGCUUAUUGGAGGAUUGAGCAUCAGCAGCAAAAUGGUUCAACAAUUAGUGCAAUCUAUUAUAAUCCACACUAUUUGGGUCAUAUGGAGAGAAAGAAAUCAAAGGUAUUUUCAUGAUAAAAAGCAAGCUAUGACCACUCUAUUCAACACCAUACUGUCAGAAGUUAAUCAAAGUUACAAUCUUAGUUUGGUUAAAGGGUCUCCGGCUAUGCUUGAUUAUAAUGUGGCCAAAUUGUUUAACAUACCCUUCAAAGUUAAGAGAAUCACUCCUAUUCAUGGAACUUCUUGGAAGCCUCCAAGUGCUGGAGUUUUUAAACUUAAUUGUGAUGGUUCUUCAAUUGGCAGUCAACCCUGUGGUUCAAUUGGUAUAGUUAUCAGAGACUCAGAUUCCAAUUUUAUUGGGGCUAUCUGCAGCAACAUUGGUCAUGCAACACCUCUUGAGGCUGAGUUCAGUGCCUGCAUGCUUGCCAUUGAAAGAGCUCAACACAUGGGUCUUACUAAUAUUUGCUUAGAAACUGAUUCUUUGCAAGUUGUUAAUGCUUUCAGGACUAAGUUGGGGGCUCCUUGGAAGAUGAGAGCCAGAUGGUUCAAUUGCUUAAAGUUUUGCUAUGGCAUUAUUUGUUCGUUUGUUCACAUUCCUAGAGAAGGAAACAUGGUAGCUGAUGUUAUAGCCAAAAAUGGCCAGGGUCUUUCUCUCUAUUCCACCCAGUGGUGGUCUUCCCCACCAUCCUUCAUUAAUUCUCUUCUCUUAAGAGACAGUCUUGGACUUCCUUUUUCUAGAUUAGCUUGA